AUGACUGAUUGUAAUACUAAAGAUACUCCAAUGGAAUGUAAUUUGAAAUUAGAAAAGGCAGAAUGCUGUGUGAUAUCCUAUGAAUGCAGGAAGCAACAAACUGUAGCCUUGUCAAGUACCGAGGCCGAGUACAUGGCCAUUGCUGAAGCAUGUAAAGAGGCAAUAUAUUUAAAGAAUCUGUCAUCUGAUAUUAUUGGUUGUAACUAUACUGUAAUAAUUUAUAAUGACAACCAGGGAGCCCAGAAGUUGACAGAGAAUCCUUUGUUUCACAAACGAACUAAACAUAUAGACAUUCGCUACCACUUCAUACGCGAAGCAGUCUCUAAUAGCCUUGUAAAAAUUGAAUAUCUAUCAACAUCUGAGAUGCCUGCUGAUAUAUUAACGAAAAGUUUAAGUGGUGCCAAACAUAACUAUUUUAUAAAAUUAUUAGGAAUUCAAAAUGUUUAA